CUUCAUUCCGGAAGGCACAGGACAAUCAUGUCCUCUUGGUGUGGCCGACGUUGUCGUUUAAACUCUUUAACUUCAACAGUCCUGAAAAAAUUGCCGCUCACCCGAUCUUGAGCGUGUGUUUUCCUUUCGUUUGACAAAAUGAGGGCUGUGCAUAUUCAGCGGUUUUGCUCAGAUGGGGGUAUAUAAAUUGUCUCAAGCUGUUAUUAAUUAUAUAUGCAGAGUCUACAAAACAAGAGCCCUAUUUCAAGGACCAUAAAACAUACACUCUGUGGGACUAAAAAUAAUGUCAGAUGCCUGGAGUAGGAAGCCUCCAUCUGUCAUUGCCUUGUAUUGUGCGGAGUGUGGGCUUACUCAUAUAUGGUUACAAAUUAAAAGGCUCUUGUUUGGCCUCUGGCAUCGGGGACGUCAGAGUUAAGUUUGUUAACACGGAAUCACAUUCAAUUGAUGGAAGAGCCCUAUAUCUGCUUAGACCUCAAAGUAGGAUUCUGCCAAUUUCAAGCCCCCAAUGGCUGUCUGUCUUAACCUGCUGUUAGUCCGUCUAGGAGAGGUGGGUUUCUGCAAAAGUGUGGGGUGUGUGUCUUGUUAACAAAAAGCAUUCAGUUAGUUAUAGCUUCUAUUUAAGCCAACUAGAAGCACAUGACUGGUUCCUGGCUGACCACAGCGCUACCCAUGAAAAUGUUUUCUCUAGGACAGUCGGCUUCCCAGUUGCUACUGUGAGCACUUCUGUUGGGCACUGAGCUAUUCAUAAAUGUGGCUUCAUACACUCACACAGCUUGGCCUCGCUUUUCUCCCCAGCAACAGCCUCUCAUGUUCAGGAUGUUAAAAUCCUCUGAUAUUCUGGGCUCAAAGAUCUCUAUUAGGAGUAAAUGGAGACGUUGGAAUUUUACUUCCAAAAUUCUGAUUUCCAUUUUGGAUCCUAUUAAAGUUAUCUCCUGCAUUUAUGACUCAAAUGUUUACAAUGAGCUGUCUGUUUUUCAUAGGUGCAUGGGAGAAUUGUAAGUAGAUCCAGCAAGGCGAUGAAAGAGAGAAACCAGGAGGGGUUUUUUUUUGUUUGUUUUUUGUUUUUUGUUUUUUUUCCCCAGUCUUAAGAAUUUGAAAGAAACAAGAUUCUAAGGCUCAGAUUAAAACACACACACAACACACACACACACACACACACACAAAACCCCAGUUCACAGCCAAGGAUACCAGCUAGCACAUUUAACUUUUGUGACUAAUCUCAGUAUUAGGAAAAUGUUCACGCAUUUAAGUACGUUUAUUUCCCUUUUAAAGAAGCUAUUUGAGAUCAGUUUUAGGUUCACAGCAGAUCUGAGUAGGAAGUACAGAGAUUUCCCAGGCAUCCCCUGUUCCCCACAUAUGCACAGCCUCCCCCCACUAGAGGGGACAUUUGUUACGACUGAUGAACUUGCACGGACCCAUUAACACCCAAAGUCCAUAGUUUCCAUCAGGGUUAAUUCACUCCUGGUGGCAUACCUUCUAUGGGUUUGGACAAAGGUGUGAUGACAUGUGUCUACCAUUAAAGUAUCCUCCAGACUAGUUUCACUGCUCUGCGCUCUGUCUGUCCAUCCCUCCCUCCCCCUUAGCCCCUGGCAACCACUAAUCCUUUUACUGUCUCCACAGUUUGGCUUUUUCCAGAAUGUUCCAGAGUUGGAAUCAUCCAGGAUGCAGCCUCUUCGGAUUGGCACCCUUCCCUUGGCGUUACACACGUAAGGUUCCUCCCUGUCUCCUCAUGGCUUGAGAGCUCAUCUGUUUUGGGUGCUGAAUAGUGUUCCGUGGUGCGGACGUGCCACACGUUCGAGUGGGUCUAAAGCUCUCGUGCACCGUUUCCCAAUUAGGCAGCAUCAGCCUCACGGUGCGUGCAGCGAGUGUGACGGAGCAACGCAGAGCACAGUGUUGUUUGUGAACCUGCGUGUGUAUAGUCGUGCAUGUGUGUAGGGAUCACAGUGCAAAGUGAGUGCUAGGGGCGACCUCUGGGAGCCUCCGAUCUGCCACCUCUGGUCUUCGUGUUAUCCCUGAUUGACUCCUGCCUGGUCGUGCAGCUGGGGUACCAAACACCGCUCUGCCUGGGAAGACUGAGCAGUGGGCCCCGCACGGCCCUGCCAACAGGUCUGGGGGCUUCUGUUUUUUAAGCUAAAAUUCACCUGCCACGAAAGUGUCGCAUGCCAUGUCGUUUGGAAUGUUCGAGGUGCUGUGCAACCCUCACCCCUGCCAAAUUCUGCACAUUCUCAUCGCCCCCCCCCCCCCGCAUAAAAUUGCACCCCCGUGAAGCAGUCAUGCCCCUUUGCCUCCUCCCCGGGCACCUGGCGGCCUCCCCUGUGCCUUCUGUUUCUCUGGAUUUACCUAGUUUGCGUAUUUCAUGUAAAUGCCAUCCUCUGAUCUGUGGCCUUUCGUGUCCGGCUACUUUGAUGCAACCUGUUUUUGUUUUUGAGGUUCAUCCAUGUUGUAGCAGGUCUCAGUGCUUCCUCCCUUUUAGUGGCUGGAAAGUAUCCCUCGGUGUGGACACCCCACUCCACAGUUUGUUUGGGCUGUUAUGAACAGCGGAAGCUGCCGUUCACGUUGGCUUGCGGGUUUUCGCGUGGACGUCUGUUUUCGGUUUUCCUGAGUAUCUACCUGUGAGUGGAAUUGCUGAGCCAUACGACAAUUCGGUUUAACUUUUGAAGAACCUCCCCGCUGCUUCUUUUUAUUUUAUUUUUUUAAAGAUUUUAUUUAUUUAUUUGACAGAGAGAGACACAUCGAGAGAAGGAACACAAGCAGGGGGAGUGGGAGAGGGAGAAGCAGGCUCCCCGCGGAGCAGGGAGCCCGAUGCGGGGCUCGAUCCCAGGACCCCGGGAUCACGACCUGAGCCGAAGGCAGAUGCUUAACGACUGAGCCACCCAGGCGCCCGAGAGUGGUUUUAAUUUAACUUAAAUCGCAACAAGGGGCUAACCUCUACAAGGUUGGAAAAGGCCGGUCUUUGUUUUUUUAGAUUUUAUUGGACAGAGCGAGAGAGCACAAGCAGGGGGAGCAGAAGGAGAGGGAGAAGCAGGAGCCCGAUGUGGGGCUCGAUCCCAGGACCCCGGGAUCAUGGCCUGAGCCGAAGGCAGACGCUCAACGACUGAGCCCCCCAGGCGCCCCUCCCUGCUGCUUCUUAAACACGUGUUUCCUAUUGCAAAGCCCCCUCUAGCAAGUGAUCCCCUUUGCGAACUGAGCUGGCAUGGAGAACUUGGUCAUCUCCCGCAACAAGAGCCAUUUGGGGCAGCCUGGUGGCCACAGAGCUGGGUUUGGUUGCCCCCCAGGCUGGCCCGCCUCGAUUCCUGGGCUGAUCGGAACCCUCUUCAAUCCUUCUGGGGCUCUUACUGAGCCUGAAAAGUGAGGAGGGGUGGGUGCCGCGUCUCAGCCCUCUGUGUGGACCCUCUUUUGGGAAGGUGCUACGGACUCCAAAAUAGAGUCCUCAGGUGCAAACUUAUUUACCUGUAUGCCCGGCUUGGGGUACAGCAGUGAAGGGGGACGCUGUCCCCUCCCUUGUGGCAUUGACAAUAGAAGGGGAGAGAGAGACAGCAAAUAAACCUAACAUUACAAACUGUUACAAGCCAGGAGGGAGAAGGGUGGGGAGACAGGGCUGGGCAGUGACGGCAUGUGUGGGGAAGGGCGCCUCAUCCUCUAGGGGAGCAAGUCCUUCUGGUGUUUUCUCCUUGGUAGGAGGCAGCUUAUGGCAGAGGAGUCUGAAAGUUUGUUUGCUGCUCUGUGCGACUUAAUUUGCUGUCUCUCCCUCUCUGGGUGGAAUCACUGGAUUCCUCCCAUUUUCUUUGGAAGAGCAGCCCUCCUUGAAACCUAAUCCUUUCCUCUAGCUCUUGUCUCCUGAUUUCCUGUUGAUAAGCAGGAAGUGCAGGGCUGGCUUCCAGUAAGUGGUAGAUUCUGGUGGGGUGUGGCUCUGCCCACCUGCCUCUGGUUGGUAGAAGUGGGACAUCUGCCCGCAGGGCUGCAUAGUUCUCCUAGGUGUCUGCCCCUGACGGUGGGGACCCCCUCCUGAAGCCGCGUCACCCAAGCAGACUUUGCCGUCCCCGGUAAGGACACUGUGGGAACGUCCAGUGGGGAUGUUUCUGUCGUUUUGUUCCCAGGGUGUCCCAGGCUGAGAGAGGAGAGGGCAUAGAUGGUAAGAACACACACAGCAUCUUAGGAGAGUUCUAGAAACUCUAUUUUACAUUUCUUGUUCAUGUUUGAAAUUAAAGUGGUAGAAAAAAAAUCCUCAUCAUGAGGCUGGUGGGGAGGUUGUGCGUUGGGGUCUCGCCUUUCUGCACAUUCUCAAACCCGAAGCUGUUAGCACAGCAGUGACCUCCUGCGUGUGUGUGUGUGUGAUCAUGGCAUGUUUGUCAGUUGGCAUCUGGACCAUGGAAUUACAGGAUUCUUUCCCCAUAUCACUGAGAGCCUUUCUUUGUGGUUGCACUGGUUAACUUUCCCCUGCUUUAUUGCUUUUUAAAAUUAAUUAAUUUUUUAACUGUUUAAAAGGUUUUAAAAAGGGGCGCCUGGGUGGCUCAGUCGUUAAGCGUCUGCCUUCGGCUUGGGUCAUGAUCCCAGGGUCCUAGGAUCGAGCCCCGCAUUGGGCUCCCUGCUCCGCGGGAGGCCUGCUUCUCCCUCUCCCACCCCCCCUGCUUGUGUUCCCUCUCUCGCUGUGUCUCUCUCUGUCAAAUAAAUAAAAUCUUUAAAAAAUAAAUAAAUAAAUAAAAAAUAAAAGAUUUUAUUUAUUUGAGAGAGAGAGAGAGUGAGCACAGGGGGAGGAGAAGAGGGAGAGGGACAAGCAGACUCCUCUCUGAGGGAGGAGCUCAACGACGUGGGGCUCGAUCUCACGACCCUGAGAUCAUGACCUGGGCCAAAACCAAGAGUCGGACACUUAACUGACUGAGCCACCCAGGCACCCCAAAAUACACUUUUGAAUAUAUUUUUAUGGAGGGAGGAGCCCAGGGAUGUCUGCAUGGGGCUCCCGUGUGCCCCCAAGUUGCAGAGCCUGGUCUGGGGUUUGGUUUUCAUUUCAAAGCUCUAUCAUUGAUGUGACGGACUCGAUUGUGCCUCUUUCCUUCAAGGAGUGCUUCCUGGACUUGUAGCAUGGUCCAGGGACACAGCAGCAGACAGAGACGCAGGCUCCUUGUUCUUAUUUAUUUAUUUGAGAGAGAGAGAGAGUGAGUGUGAGCGUGCUCAUGAGCAUGGGGAGGGGCAGAGUCAGAGGGAGAAGCAGACUCCCCACUGAGCAGGGAUCCUGAUGCAGGAUCCCAGGACCCUGGAAUCAUGACCUGAGCUGAAGGCAGACGCUUAACGACUGAGCCACCCAGGUGCCCUGCUCCUGGGAUUUUAAACAAGAACGUUAUCAUUUUAGGAUUGCCUUGCAUGUUAUAAGGUUAUCUUGUGUACUAACGCUUCUUUGCAUAUUGUCUUCACCAAUCCUGCCAAGAAUGCUUCCAGAUGGAAAGGAAAAACUUCAUCCCCAUUUUACAGAUAGAGUAAUGGAGGCACAGACCAAGUGAUUUACGAGGGACCACUGAACAAUCCAUAACAGAGAGACUUCUGGUCCUGAAAUUCACCUCAUGCUUGCCAAACUACAGAUCCCUGGGCCUUUUGCCUGGAGAUUCAGAUUCAGAAGGCCCGGGAGGGGCUCAGGAGUAUGUAUUUUUUAAAAAACCAUGGGUGGUUUCUGGGGCGCCUGGGUGGUUCAGUUGGUUAAGCAUCCGACUCUUGAUUUUGGCUCAGGUCAUGAUCUCAGGGUCGUGAGAUAGAGCCCCGUGUCGGGCUCCUCACUCAGUGGGGAAUCUGCUUGAAAUUCUCUCUCUACCUCUGCCCCUCUCCCAGCUCGCUCACUCACUCAAAUAAAUAAACAAAUAAAAUCUUUAAAAAAAAAAAAAGCAUGCGUGGUUCCUAACGACAACUGAGUUUGGGACAUACUGCAACGUGGGAUCAGAUCAGGUGAGGAACUGAGGACAGACACUCUUGGAAGCCUGGUCCAGAUCAUCCCUUGUUGGGGGGCGGGGGGCUGUCCCAUGCACUGAAGGGGGCGGGGCAGCAUCCAUGGCCUCCACUCAUCAGAUGCCCACAGCACAUGCCCCAGUUGUGAUAACCAAAAAUGCCUCUAGACAUUGCUAAAUGUCCCUCAGGGGACAAAACCACCCAUUGACCCCGGUGCUAAGUACCUGGAUCAAAGCACCAUCUCCUCUGUUUGGGAGUUGGUGUGUUUCUCAUUGACCCAAGCAUGUCGUUUUAAAAUAUGCGCAUUUCCGUAAGAAGGCACUGAUAAAUGCUAUGACGUGGAUGAAGCUUGAAAACACGAUGGCCGGUGAAAGAGUGAGGCACAAAGCCCACGGUGGUAGGACUCCGUCUGCACGAGCUCUCCAGAGUAGAUAAAUGCACAGAGACAAAGCAGCUUGCUGGCUGCCCACGUCCGGAGAGAGGGGGCUGUGGCUGCCUUGCGGGUACGGGGUCUCCUCUGGGAUGGAUGAAAAGGUCUUGAACUAGACAGAAGCGGUGGUCGUGCAACACUGUGAAUAUAUUAAAUGCCACUGAAUUGUUCACUUGAAAAUGCUUCGUUGUAGGCCAGGUGAGUUUUACCCUCAUGCAAAAUGCGCCCACAUGUGUGAUUUACUGUGACAGCCAGUAAAAUGGGGCCAGAGUGAAUUGUACGUACAGGGUAAAUCAGAAGGGGUAUCCCGGGGCACCUGGGUGGCUCAGUCGGUUGUGUUCGGCUCUUGAUUUCAGCUCAGGUCGUGAUCUUAGGGUCGUGGGAUCGAGCCCUGUGGUGGGUUCUGCACUCAGCAGGGGGUGUGUUUGUCCCUCUCCCUCUGCUCUUCCCCCUGCUCACUCUCUUUCUCUCAUAAAUAAAUAAAUAAAUAAAUAAAUAAAUAAAUAAAUAAAUAAAUAAAUAAAUAAAUAAAAUCUUAAAAAAGGGCUAUCUAAAUGAGGUUGUAACCAUUAACGAGAAUAGUAAGAGUAUAACAUGUAAUUAAAUAAUAUUGGUAAAGCAAAGGGUAGAAUUUGAGGGCAUGUCCUCCGUACUACCGUCUUUGGAACCAGGACAGUGCAGGGGAAGGGGGCAGUCCAGGCUUGCUGACCUUCAGAAGGAAAAAGAACUGAAAGCAGCAGUUCCAUCAAGAACUGUGCCUGAGGGCGCCUGGGUGGCUCAGUUGGUUGGGCGACUGCCUUCGGCUCAGGUCAUGAUCCUGGAGUCCCUGAAUCGAGUCCCGCAUCGGGCUCCUUGCUCGGCGAGGCGUCUGCUUCUCCCUCUGACCCUCCUCCCUCUCAUGCUCUCUCUCUCUCUCAUUCUCUCUCUCUCAAAUAAAUAAAUAAAAUCUAAAAAAAAAAAAAAAAAAACUGUGCCUGAGUCACCUACAGCCUGCAUUGUAGUUGGGGCAAGUCAUUUAAACUUCCCUGGGCCAAGUUCCUCUCCUCUCGAAAAAGAGGCAGGCUGAUCCUCCUGGCUCUAAAAGUCUGUGCUGGGGAAUAGGCGGGUCCAGGGGAAGGCUAUGGAACAUUCCAGAAAGUGCAGGUACAUGCCAGGACAUGCUGGAAUAUGGCAGGGGCCGGCUCUCUUGGCCUAUCAGGGUUAAGCUAGGGAACUUCUCAAGACACAUGCUCAGCACCAAGCAGUCAGUCUUAAUUAGGACCAGGCAGCGUUCAGCUUAGAUGAGCAGGAUCAGAAGAGCCAAGCAGGUGAGACUCAACCACAAGAACUGACCGCCUGGGUCUCCUUUCCACCACCUGCUGCCAGGUGUGAGUGGCCGCCUUCCUCCCCCGCCUGCAAAGCCAUCAUGAGAGCGUCUCUCUGGCAUUGACGGACCUCAGGCGAGGUGUUUCUUCCUUGGGUCGUGAUUAACGGAGCCCAUUCCCUGGAAGCAGGAAUGAAUACACGCUUGGAUGUGGGUUCUAGUCCUCAUAGGAGCUCAUUGAUUACCUUGCAGGCCUCAGCAACUGGUGGCGAGGUGGCUGGAUGAUGACUUAAAACCUGUAGCGCUCUGCAUCUUGCUUUCUUGAUGGUGGAAAUAUGGAGAGCACGGUGGUCACUGAUGUCCACACAAAGUCCCCUGGAAUCUUGAUGUUACAGUACAAGGCUAGAGGGAUUUUGCAGAUAGGAUAAGGUUGACAGACCUUCAAAUAGAGAGACUAUCCUGGAUUAUCUGGGUGUGCCCAAUGUGUCGAGGUGAGUAUGGCCCCCUAAAUAUGUUCACAUUCUGAUCCCCAGACCCUGUGAAUGUUACUUAUAUGACAAAAGGGACUUUGCAGAUGAUGAAUGUAAGGACCUUGAGUUGGGGGAGAUUAUCUUGGAUAAUCUUUAAGAUGGGGACAGGAACCAUAAGCCAAUGAGUGUAGGAAACCUCCAGAAGCUGGAAAAGGCAAGAAAAUGGGUUCUUUCCACUCAGCUUCCAGAAGAAAUCAGCCCUGCCAACACCUUGAUUUUAGCCCAGUGAGAUCCACCUUAGACUUCUUUUUUUUUUUUUUUUAAGAUUUUUAAGUGAUCUCUACACCCAACAUGGGGCUCGAACUCAGAACCCUGAGAUCAAGAGUUGCAUGUUCUGCUGACUGAGUCAGCCAGGCACCCCUGAGUCUCUUUUAGCUGGAUGAAAAUCUAUUGAUGUGUUGUUUUCUGUGAACAGGGUGAUCAUAUAUAUACCUGGUUCAUUUAUUGAAUAAUCUUUCUCUCCAACUGUUCGUGGUGCUAUUUUUAUCACAUAGUAACUCCUGUGUGUACUUUUUUUUUUCCUUGUCCCUCUGUUCUCCACUUGAACACAAUAUGGAGCCAGAACACACUAGACCAAUAAUUUCCAACGCCUUUAUUAUGCCAAUGAAUAAAGAAAUCCAGAGAGGUCAUGUGACUUUUCUAAGCUCACACUAACUGUGCAAGUAAAGAGAUGAGCUAGCGUUCCCCACCCCACCCCAGCUUUUCCAAACUCACUAGUCAACAGGGAGCAGGCUUUAUUUCAAAGAUAAAAGAUACGGCAAAAAAUAGAAAUCAUAUGAUGCCAGCUCUGAGAUUAUAAUGAAAUUAAACUGGAGACUAAUAAUAGAUAGCAGGGAAAUCCCAAAAUACUUGGAGAUUAAACAAUACACUUCUACAUAACAUAUGGGGCAAAGAAGAAAUCUCCAGAGAAACUAAAAAGUAUUUCAAAGUAAAUGAAAAUGACAGCACAACUUAACCAAAAUUUGUGGGACUCAGCAAAAGCAGUGCUUACAGGGAAAUUUAUAGCAUUGAAUGCACACAUUAGAUAAGCAGAAAGAUCUACAAUCAGUUAUCUAAGUUUCCACCUUAGGAAACUAGAAAAAGAAGAGCAAAUCAAAGAAAGCAGAAGAAAUCUAAAAAUUAGAGCAGAAACCAAUGAAAUUGAAAAAGUAUAUCAGAGUCCACAAAAUCAAAAGCUGGUUCUUUGAAAAGAUAAAUAAAAUUUACAAGCCUAGAGCCAGGUUAACUAAGAAAAAGAGAGAAAGGAUACGAAUUAUUAAUAUCAGAAAUGAAAGAGAAUGCAUCACCAUAGAUCCUGUGGACAUUAAAAGAAUAGUAAAGGAAUAUUAGUCACUCUAAACCCACAAAUUUGAUAACCUAGACGAAAUGGGCCAAUUCCUUGAAAUGUACAAUCUGCCAAUACUCAUAUAAGAAGGAAGAGACGAUUUGAAUAGGCCUGUAUCUAUUAAGGGAAUCAAUAAUUAACCAAUCAUUAAUUAGCCUUCAAAUCAGUAAUUAAUCUUCCAAAACAAAGCAGCCCAGAUGGGUUUGCUGGUGAACUGAACUCUACCAAACAUUUAAGGAAGAAAUGGUACCAGUUCUCUAUAAUCUUUUUCAAAACAUAGAAGCAGAGGGAAUACUUCCUAACUCUGUGAGGCCAGCAUUAAUCCAUUACUGAAGUCAGACAAACACAGAAACAAAACAGAAAACCCAAACAAAAAACAAACCACAGACCAGUAUCUUUCAUGAACAUAGAUGCAAAAAUCCUCAACAAAAUAUUAGCAAAUCGAAUCCAACAAUGUAUAAAAGGAAUUAUACACCACAACCAAGUGGGAUUUAUCCCAAGUAUACAAGGUUGGCUCAACAUUUGAAAAUCAAUUAAUGUAAUCAUCACAUCACACAGACUAAAGAAGAAAAAUCACAUGAUUAUUAUCAGUAGAUGCAGGAAAAGCAUUUGACAAAAUCCAAUACCCAUUCAUGACAAAAACUCUCAGUCAACCAGAAAUAGAAGGGAAAUUCCUCAACUUGUUAAAGAAUAUCUAUCAAAAAAUCUACAGUUAACAUCACACUUAAUAGUGAGAAUCUAGAAGCUUUCCCACUGAGAUCAGAAAUAAGGGAGGGAUGUUCCCUCUCACCACUCCUUUUCAACAUUGUUCUGGAAGUUCUAGCUAAUGCAAUAGGACAAGAAAAGGUAAUAUAAGAUAUACAGAUUGGAAAGGAAGAAAUAAAAUUGUUUUUCUUCCCAGAUGACCUGACCAUCUAUGUAUAAAAUCUGAAAGAAUCAACUAAAAGACUGUUAGAACUAUUAAGCUAUUAUAGUAAAGUUUCAGGAUACAAGGUUCAUAUACAAAAGUCAAUUGCCUUCCUAUCUAUUAGCAACAAGCAAGUGGAAUUUGGAAAUAAAAAUACCAUUUCUAGUGGUAUCUCCCAAAUGAAAACCUAGGUAUAAACCUAACAAAAUAUGUGUAAGAUAUACACGAGGAAAACUAUAAAACUCUGCUGAAAGAAAUAGAACUAAAUAUAUAUGCAAAAGACCCUAACAGACACCUUAUAAAGAUCUAUGGAUGGCAAAUAAGUGCAUGAAAAGAUACUCUAUAUUAUAUGUCAUCUGGGAAAUGCAAAUUAAAAUAAUGAAUUUUACUUUAUGCCUAUUUAUACCUAUUUGAAUGGCUAAGAUCUGAAACCCUGACAACAUCAAAUGCUAGUGAGGAUGUGGAGCAACAGGAACUCUCACACGUUGCCAGUGGGAAUGUAAAAUGCUGCAGCCACCUUCAAAGACAAUUGGUGGUUUCUUAGAAAACUAAAUAUACUCUUACCAUGUGACCCAGCAAUCAUGCUCUUCACUGUUUGCACAGAGGAGUUAAGAACUUAUGUUCACACAAGGGCGCCAGGCUGGCUCAGUCGGUAGAACAUGUGACUCUUGAUCUUGGGGUCGUGAGUUCAACCCCCACGUUGAGCAUAGAGCCUACUUAAAAAAACAAACAAACUUAUGUGCACACAAAGCUCUGAACACAGAUGUUUAUAGCAGCAUUAUCCAUAACUGCCCAAACUUGGAAGCAACCAGGGUGUCCUUCAGUAGGUGGAUGGAUAAAUAAACAUGGUACAUCCAGGCAAUGAAAUAUUACUCUGUUCUAAAGAGAAAUGACCUAUCCAGCCAUGAAAAGAUGGGAGGAAAUUUAAAUGCAUAUUCCUGAGUAAAAGAAGCCAACGUGAGAAGGCUACAUGCGAUGUGUAUGUACAUGCUAUGUAUAUGACAUUCUGGAAAAGACAAAAGUAUGGAGACAAUAAAGAGGUCAGUGAUUUCCAGGGACUGGGAGAGGGAAGAAUGAAUAGGUGACUUGCGGAGGAUUUUUAUGGCAGUGAAAUACUUUGUAUGCUACUAUGGUGGGAGAUAUAGAUCAUUAUACAUGUGUCCAAACCCACAGAAUGUACAGCCCCAAGAGUGAACCCUAAGGCAAAGUAUGAACUUUGGAUGGUAACAAUGUGUCAAUGUAGGUUCUUCAAUUGCAUCAAAUGUCCCACUGUGCUGGGAUCAUUUGAUAACAGGGGAGGCUCUGCAUGUGUGGGGACAGCGGGUAUAUGGGAAAUAUCUAUGCCUUCUUCUCAAUUUUGCUAUGAAUCUAAAACUGCUCUAAAAAAUGAGGUCUUAAAAAAUAUGGCUGGUGUGGUUCAUUAAGGACAAGAUCUUUUGUGAAAUGCUCUACCCAAGUAAGAAGAGCUCAUUGCGCCCCCUACUGGUUAGUUCUCUAGAAUGGGAUAUCUCUUGCCCUACCUAUGCAAAAUAAUGCCAUCUUUUGAUGGAUUAACAUGGAGGCUGGUUAAUUUUCAUAAGUCUGACUUGGGUGCAAUAGGCCUUAAUUUAUCCUCUGCCUUAAUUCAGAACUGGGAGCUCAAUCCCCAGUUAUUGGCAAGCCCAGCCCUGCCAUCUUUUUUCAAGGAGGAAGCUGGACUUAAUUUUGGUGGGAGCAUGAGGGGCUGGGAAGGCUUGUCUAGGAGGGUCUUUCUUCAAAUCAAGUCCUUGAGUCCUGGUGCUCUGUCCAGCAGGUUCAUCAGCUUUUUGUCCAGUAAUGAUAGAAACAAGGAGAAGUGGGAUCAGAGAUGCAGGGAGCCUUACUCUGGCCAGCUCCGGUAGAAUAGGGUGAUGGCACAUUCAGCUAGUCAACAGAAUGGUCUGGAGGGAGUCAUCCCCACCCACGCCCCCACCGUGGUUCUGAUUUUCCAGGCCUAGAAUGUGCUGUGUUGACUGGGAACCACCAUGUGAAACAUGGCAGGGUUUUCUCUCAAAUUCCUGACCGUGAACAGGGGAGGAUUCUAGGACUGUGGACAGAGACCAGAGUCUCCUGGAGAAGAUGCAAGAAGUGAUAACCAUUGAGCUAAGCUGCAGAGUUGAGGGAGAGGAGACUCUGGAGCCAGGGGGAGUCCAGCUGUGUGACUUGGGACAAAUGACUUAACCUCUCUGUGCCCCACUUCCUUGUCUGUACCCUAGGAUAUUAGUUGCACCUCACUGGUGGUUUUUGGUGGUGGGGUGAGGGGGAGGUUUGACUGAAUGAGUUAAUAUUCAGUGAGGGCUUUGCCCCGUGCCUGAUACGAUUUUUUUAAAUUGAGAUUUAUUUGACACACAACAAUGUAUAAGUUGGAGGUACACAACGUCUUGACUUGAUAUUUAUAUUGCAACAUGAUUACCAUUGUAGCAUUAGCUAACACCACUGUGGUGUCCCGUAGCCAUCAUUUCUUCUAGUAUGGGGGGCAACUCAGAUCUAAUCUCUUAGCAAGUUUAAUGUUUAUAAUCCAGUUUUCUGGUCUGUGAUCACUGUACUGUGUAUUAGGUCUCUAGGACUCUCUUAUCUACUAGUUGCAAGUAUACAAUUUUCUUUUUUUUUUUUUUUUAAGAUUUUAUUUAUUUUUUAGAGAGCGAGCGAGCGAGAAACAGCAUGAGAGGGGAGAGGGUCAGAGGGAGAAGCAGGCUCCCCGCUGAGCCAGGAGCCCGAUGUGGGACUCGAUCCCAGGACCCUGGGAUCAUGACCUGAGCCGAAGGCAGACGCUUAACCAUCUGAGCCACCCAGGCACCCAAGUAUACAAUUUUCUAAUAGCAUUAUUAUCUGUUGUUUUGUUUUGUUUUGUUUUUGAGGUUUCAAGGCAAUCUCUCCUUCAUAAACUCCCAGUGAUCCUCUGGCAUAAAAACCAUUCCUUUCUCAGAAGUAAGGCUCUCCUUGGUACGCUUCACAUCUAUGUGUGCAUCCAUCCCAUUUCCCCACUGGGAUUUUAGCUCCUAUGGGCCUGCCCGUUCGAUGUAUUUUCUUCUUUUCUUUAUAGCAUUUGGCACCACCCAGAACACGUUGUGGGCCUCCAGGCAGCUGUACGGGGACUUUUCAACCUUCAGCCCUACAGGUUGGGGGCCAGUGAACACGUUUGAGCCGGCAAAAUUCCUGGUUUCAAAAUAGGAGAAGAAAGUGGACCAAGUAUAAGAGUAUAAUGGAUGGUUUCCCGAAAACAUCAUGUGUCAACCAGUCAACUGUGUCUCAGUUUAACUCUAAGAAAGUAACAUUGAAUGUACACUUCACUGUCCAUCAGGGGAUGAAUGAAUAAGCAAUCUGUGGUUUAUCCGUCCUGUGGAAUAGUACACAGCCACAAAAAGGAGGGAAACGGGGACAGCCUGCUACAUGGCACGUGAGCCUGGAAAACAGGACACUUGGUGAAGGAGACCAGUCACUAAAGGCCACAUAGCAAAUGAUUCCAUUCCUGUGAAAUGUCCACAGUAGGCAAAUCCAUGGAGACUGAACGCAGAUCAGUGGUAAUCAGGGACUGGGGUGGCAGGGAAUGAGGAGGCUCCUGGUGAUGGGGUUUCCUUUCGUGGUGAUGAAAACGUUCUAAAAUUGUGUGUGGUGAUGGUUGCACGACUCUGGUUGGGCCGAAAACCACUGGGUUGUGCACUUUCAAUGGGAGAAUUGUUGGAUCUGUAUUAUAUCGUAAUAAAGUAGUUUAUAAAAAGCAGAUUUAUUGUGGGAGGUAGGUGCCAAUGAAGAGGUGCUGGGCCCGCAGGGCUGAAGGAGGUGGUGGCCUAGGAGGUUGGCUGCCUGGAGCCUAAAACCAAAGGUGCGGGUGGAGGUCAGUUUGAGCUGAGGAAGAGGAGGUGGGGUCUGGGAAAGGCCACAGAGCACAGCUGAGCAGACCUCCCCCUCUUUUUUUUUUUUUAAAGAUUUUAUUUAUUUAUUCAUGAGAGACAGAGCGAGAGAGAGAGGCAGAGGGAGAAGCAGGUUCCCAAGAAGCAGGGAGCCUGAUGCGGGACUCGAUCACAGGACCCUGAGAUCAUGACCUGAGCCGAAGGCAGAUGGCUUAACCAUCUGAGCCACCCAGGCGCCCUUUUAAGAUUUUAUUUAUCUAGCAGAGAGAGAGCAGAAGCAGGGGGAGCAGCAGAGGGAGAGGGAGAAGCAGGCUUCCUGCUGAGCAAGGAGCCCGAUGCGGGGGCUCGAUCCCAGGACCCUGGGAUCAUGACCUGACCCGAAGGCAGACGCUUAACGACUGAGUCACCCAGGCGCCCCUCCCCCCUCUUCUUAACUGCUGGUCCUAAUGUGUCAAGGAGGGAGGCCUUGGGCCUGAGCUCUGAGAGACCCUGCAGCUGUCCUGUUUGGUGACAAGCCAUGGCUAAGGCCUGGCUUCGCCUACCCAGAGCAGUGGGACAGACAAGCCCGACCUAACGGUGAUGAUGGUUUCACGACAUUGUGAAUGCACUCAGUGCCACCAAAGUACCAUUUAAAAAUGGAUAAAAUGGUAAAUUUGAUUAGACCCCGUUAAAAGAAAAAGAAAUCAAACCAUGGCCAUGUUUGCCUUCUGCCCCGAGAGCUCCAUUUACAAGGCUUGAAGAGGCAAACCUUUCUUUCCUCUAUACUGAAAAGGGAUUUUCCCCCUCAUUGGUCAGAAGCCCCCCCACCCCUCCUCCUGGGUAGAGUGCUAAGAACUUUAUCGGACGCUUCUGAUUGGCUGGAUCUUUGCUCUGGAAGCCCCCUCCUCCCCCUCCCCAUCAGCCCUGGGAAUGGAGAGUUGAUCCAGGCUGAGCCCGCCUCUUUGGGAAAGAAAAUUCCUUUCAGGGUGCUCUGUGCCAUCAGAGAGGCUGAUGGUGUGGGGCUCCCUUGGGCUGGUGGCGAUGCUGGUGCCCAUGGGGCUCCUCGGUCUGGUCCUGCUCUGGGCUCUGGUGGCAGUGACUUCGGGGAAAAUUCCAGAUUCGCUGGUGAGACAGGCGGCCUCCUGCAUGAUGGCGUGCACAGGGUCAGCUGAUCCCCACCUCCCUGUGGGCACCAGAUACACCUAUCACUUUUCUACCAACACCAGUACUGGCCUGCAGGGAGACCCAGUGGAAGGAAGUGGCCUUGGCCUCCAAGGCUUGGCCAUCGUUGAUGUGCUUGGCCCGUGCCAGAUGGCCUUAUGGCUCCAAGAUUUCCAGGUGACAUCUAUCCUGGGGUCCAAGGUGGCAGUUCUGAAGGACUCGGAGAACUUGAGCGCUGCCCUGGGCCGCCACCCGCUGCGCUUCAUCCUGCAGGCAGGGCGCGUGGCCCGCCUGUGUCCCCGCCGCGCAGAGCCUCGCUGGGCGCUGAACGUGAAGCGCGCGGUGCUGAGCCUCCUGCAGGGGCGCCCGGAUGCCCACGGCCCCCAGACCCUCGAAGAGGUGGACGUCCUGGGCAGGUGUCCCACCACGUACCAGCCACAUGGUGCGGGGCUGCGCAAGACCAAGGACCUGGCCCGUUGCUCCCUGCGCAGAGUGCGCUCCUCCCUGCGCUCCCAGGCCCUGCCCUGGGAGGAGGCUGGCCUGGCCUCCCACCUGACCUGCUUCCAGAGUUUCCAGGCUGGCGUGCUGAGUGUGGCCUCUUGCACGGAGCUGGACACCGUGCGGCCCCUCUCUGAGAAGGCAAGUGGGGUGCAGAUGCAGACGCUUUCCUCGCUCACCCUGCUGCGUGAGAUGUCCCUGGAUCCGGCCGUCACAGAUCCGGACGAUGGAGAUGUAACUCCAAGCAGCCUGUUGUACGAAUGGGAGGAAACACAGUCUCAGGCUACGGUGGUCACAGUGGCCGCAUCACUGAGGAAACUGUGCCUGGCUCAGACCACGAGCUUUGAGGCCGCAGAACUGUUCCUGACGCUGGUGUCCGAGCUCCAGGGCCUCUCCCCAGAUGAGCUGAUGGCACUCUGGCAACAGUCUUCCUUUAAAUGCCGGGACAACUGGCAGCCGCUGGUGGAUGCCCUGCCCUCCUGUGGCACCGAGCCCUGUGUGGGCCUCAUGAAGGACCUCAUCGUGUCCGGGGAGGUGGAGGUGGACGAGAUGGAGGCGUGGCUCUGGUCGCUGGCCCUUGUCCCACAGCCCACGGAUGCCAUGGUCCACACGCUGCUGCCACUCCUGCAGACCUCGGGGACUAGCCCCAGUGCCUUCCUUGGUAUCUCGGCCCUGGCGCACAACCUCUGUGCCUCCCUGGAUGGGCCCUGUGAACACCUGCCUGGCGUCGGCUCCCUCGUGAGGAUCCUGGGAGAGGCCUUGGGUGCCAACUGCACCUUCCAGGAGCCGUCGGACGCUGAGCAGCUCCAGCUCGUGCUGAAGGCGAUUGGCAACGCAGGCCUGGCGGUCACAGCUCUUACCCCCACACUGAGCACCUGUGCAUCCCAGAGGAGCUGCCCCCUUGAGGUCCGGCUGGGGGCCAUCCAGGCCUUCCGGAGGGUCCCCUGCUCUGCAGACCGAUCCGCGCUCUCCCGUCUGUACCAAAACCCAGAGGAGGAUGCUGAGAUCCGCAUCAACGCCUACCUGGCCCUGAUGAGAUGCCCUGGUGAGGAGGUGUUUGCACAGGUGCGGCGGACCCAGGCAGCAGAGCGGUCCACCCAGGUGGGCUCCUUUGUGUGGAGUCACCUGAUGCAGCUGCUGGAGACCAGCGACCCCCUGAAGCAAGCUCUCCAGGAGGCCCUCCCUGAGGACAUCCUGAGUCGGGAGUUCCAGCCGGAGGCCUGGAAACACUCGUCCUAUUCUGAUGUCACGUUCCGCUCAGUGUCUGGCAGCCUGGGAGCCAACCUGGAGGGGACCCUUCUCUUUUCUCCAGCCUCCUUUCUCCCCCGUUCUGCCAUGACUAACCUGACCAUCCACGCCCUAGGUCAUGCCUUCAACCUCCUGGAGCUUGGCCUCCGGCUGGAAAAUGCAGAGAAAAUCGUCCACAGGCUGUUUGGCUGGAAGUCAUUCUGGGGGCAGGAAGAGGAGAGAGAGGCCCAGCCAGAGAAAUCCCCAGAGCCAGAAGCAGGGCCCACACCACAGGCAGCCAGCCCUGACUGUCCAGGAGAAAGGUCCAGAAAGAUGAGAGACCUGCAGCAGAAGGUGGCCCAGAGGCGCACGGAGCGGCGGGCGCUGCAGUGUGAGCUGAGUGUGAAGGUGUUCGGGCACGAGCUGAGCUUCAUGAACUGUGGCGUCCUGGGGAGCCACGUGACACGCCAGUCCUUGAACCUGGCCGAGCUAUCAGUCAAGCUCCUGAAGGGGCAGGAGGUACAGGUGACCCGGAGGCUGAACCUGGCAGUGCAAGAGCUCACCUUUCCUACCAUAUCCGGCCUUCCAGCCCGGCUGAGCCUCAAUGUCUCGGCCGCCAUCAGCGUCCGAGUCCGAGGGACUGCCGACUUCCAGCAGCAUCUGGAUUUCUCUGUGCAUGGCUACAUCAAGCCCAGUGCCCUGCUCCAGGUCUCGGUGCAGAUGGGCGCGGUGGGCGCCCUGGGCCAAGCCGGGCUGAGGUGGGUGACCGGCAUCCGUGGCACCGCCAGCCUGGAUGGUGGGAUCCACGCGAGGAAGGGCCGGGACCUCAAGGUGCAUCUGAACACUCCCGAGGAGGCCGUGGAGCUGCUCAGCUUCAGCUCUAAGCUGUAUCUCGUCACCGGGGAUGACGUGAGGAGCCUCGGGAAUGUCCACCGCCCUUCUGAGGCCCAAUCCUGUACGGACAAGAAAGCAUCCCACACCUGGGGCUGGCAGCUAUGUACAGAAGUCACCUGGCCGGCAGCUGGUCAGCCCUACCUGCUCUCGGCGCCUGUGUUCGUGGCUGUGACACUGACGAAGAAGGACCGGGGCCUCCGACAGUAUCUGCUGGAAGCUGCCUAUACCUUCCAUUCCCGGAAGGACAGCUGGCUCCCUCAGGAAGCUUUGAUUCACCUCUUCAUGGGCACCCCCAAGUCAGAGGUGCCCAGGGAUGUUGGGGUGGACAUCAGGUACAGCUUGCCCCAGGGGAAGCUCCGGCUCAAGCUUCUACAUCCCAAGAAGAAAAUGCAGCUGGAUGGAAAGAUUGAGACUCUUCAGAGUGCCCGGGUGGGUCACCUGGAGCUGAUACUGGAUGACAGGGACGUCUACUACAUUAAGGGCCGGAGUGACCUGUGGCCAGCAGCUGGGGGCGAGGCCCAGCGGUGUGAGGUCCAGCUGGAGGUGAAACUCGUGACAGCAGGGAGUCCUGUGGUCCUCAUGGGGAACCUCAGCCAGCAGACCGGCAGCAAGUUGGCCUUCUCCGUGUCACUGAGCAACCUGCUGAGCGACCAGGCCCACCUGUCAGUGCUGCUGGAGAAGGCGGUGGAGGAUGGGCUGCAGGUGGUGGCCCUGGGCGGCGAGCUCUCUGUGCCCGGUUUCGUGGGACUGCACCUCGUGGGCCUCCUACAGAGGCACAGCCGCCUCUGGACCAGCUCCCUGAGGAUCAAGUACGGCCUUCUGGGUCAGGCGAGGCGGCUGGCCCAGGAGUGCAGCACCAUCCAGAAGCUGCGGGCGCAUAGUGGCUCAGAGGUGACCUAUGAGCUGGAGCUGGACCAUGAGCUCCACUGCACGCAGGCCCCAGCACUCAGCCACAAGGUUCAGCUGCGGCACGAGGAGGGCUUGGGCUCCCUGCACUCACAACUGGAGGCCAGCUACGGGAUGCGCUGGAAUGAAAGCAGCAAUAAGAGGAAGCUCCGCAUCAGCCAGACCUUCCAGAACGACUCGGGUCCAGCCCUGAGCAAUUACUUCAUGGAGUUUGUGCUGCAGGUGCCUGAGAGGCAGGUGGAUUUCCGUAUGCAGCUGUAUCACUCAAGCCUUCGCCAGCCACACGUGGAGAGCAGCACAUACCUGAAGGUGCAGUACAACGGGCAGCUGCCCUUUGUGGCAGGCCUGCAGUGGAAGGACACGUCUCGAGCUACCCUGCGGAAGUGGGAAGGAGCCUUGAACAUGGAUAGUCCAUGGCUGAUGGUCUCCGUGGCUCACAGGCUGGACUGGUCACGCCGACCCAUGUUCCAGGCUGUCCUGGAGCUGACACUGGGCAAGGCCUGGACCCUCAAGAACCUGGUGAUGAACGUGGCCUACAGGAAACAGGGCCUUGACAGGGAGGGCAAGAUCCACAUCUACACCCCGGCUACCACUUACCUCCGGGUAUCCACGGUGACAACGUUGGCCCAGAGCCUCUUCCGCAGCCGGAGUGAAGUAGAAUCAGCCUGGAGUGCCGCAGUGUGGAGCGAGAUCCACGCAGAGAACAGCCAAGACCUUAAGAUACUUCACUGCUGGUUGAAGGGCCCCCUGCAGGAGAUGAACCUAACGGCCGCCUACAGGCACAUGGAGCAGCCCCAGAAGACCCACGUGUCGCUGAUGGCCCUGGUGACCAGCACCAGGGGCCAGCCUCGGGGCCUGGAGUUGGAGGGCAAGCUGGAGGAGGUGAUGCGGGACAGGAGCUGGUACCAGAAGCGGGGGACCUUCCUCCUCAGGCACACCUUGCCUCUGCCCAUCCCGCAGAGCCUCCUCCUGCAGGAGAGCUUCACAGCGGAUAGGCAACACCAGCGAUGCUCCCUGGAAACUAGGCUCGUCCUGAAUGGCCAAGAGGAGACCCUGCAGACCGUAGUCCUGGGCUACCAGGCCGGACACCCCUACGUCUGCGCAGGCCUGACCCACCCAUACGACGGCAAGGCCAUCCCCAGGAACGUGGAGGGGUGCGCCGUUGCUUGGAGCCAGCACGCCGCUCAGAACAGGGAGGUCGAGGCCACUUUGAAAGUCAACCAGAAAGUCGUGCUGCACUUAAAGGGUCUGCACCGUGACCGAUCUCAGCGUGGGGAAAUCUGGCACAGCCUGGCCCUGGACGCAGCUCACGCCUCCCAGCUGAGGCUCCCCCAGGCCCUGCGUUUGGGUGGGGACGUCGUCUUCAGACGGGGUCCCCGGGGAGCAUUUGACUGCAGCCUGGACACAAGGGCCACCAUCAACCACAACAUCACAUCCCAGGUCUCGGUCCAGCUGAACAGAUCUGACUCCCACUUGGCGUUCCUCCUCCAGCUCAGACAUCCCCACAGACCAACAUUUCCUCCAGACUUACAGGUGCAGGUGGCUGCCCAACGAUACAAAGACCACAGCCUCAGUGGCUCCCUGUCUGUGCACACGUCCAGCCGGGAGCUGGUUCUGCUGGAGGCCAACACCAGCCAGGACACCCAGAGACGCAGCCGGGGCUGGGACAUGAGCGUCCUCCUCCACCAAGCAGUCCUCAGCGCCCCCCUGGCCAUUCAGCUGCAGCUGUCCAGCAAGGUGGCCCCAGCCAGGGUUUGGCUGUUUUAUAAGGUGCUGGUGGACCAGAACACAGCACAGCUUCUCCUCAAGGCUUCCAUGGAGAAGAGGGGAGGCCAGGUCCUGACCCUGCAGUGCCAAGUCCAGCACACGGUGGCUUGUUGGACAGCUGUGCCCCGCCUCCUGACCCUCAAGGGCAUGCUGAAGCAGAAGGAGACACUCAGAGAGGGAACCAUCAGGAUCACUGCUGACUCAGCUGUGCUGGGCUUCCUCCUGCGGGACAAGCAUGAGAAGGCAGGGAACAGCACCAGCGUGCACAGUGUGACCGGCAUCCUUCCCCAGAAGAGCAGCCAGGCCUUGCCAAGAGAGCUUUGGCUGAGAGGGCGACUGCAGGCCCAGCCAGGGAGCCUCGGGGGCCAGGCCCGCCUCCGAGCCCACACGGCCAGCCUGGCUCUGGGCGGGGUCUGCACCUGGGGCCCUGGGCACCGCCAGCUCUCAGCCAGCCUGAGCCACAACAUCAGCACCUUGAGUGAGGCAGGACUCCCCUCGGAGGCAGAGAUGCUCUUGUCACACACCCACGGGGCUUCCAACCUCUCUGCGAGCCUGGCACUGCGGAGUGCGUGGGGUCAGCUGGACGCUGCCCUCGGCCUAGACGGCCCGGCCCCCGGCGCCCCGGGCAGCAGGCUCCGCGCCAGCCUGGCCCACACGGUGUCCAGCCUCAGGCGCUGGGGCCUCCCCUUCUCCAUGGACAGCCAAGGUCACUUCCAGAGCACAGGACACCGCGUGGCGGCCGGGCUGACGGCGAGCGUGGACAGCGAGCAGCUCCGCGUGGCCCUGGAGGCGAGGCGACAGCGCGGCCACCACGGGCUGGCCCUGGAGCUGCACCACGGCCUCUCGGCGCUGCUGGGCACCGUGCCCGCGUGGCUCAGGGUCAGCUGUGUUAGAGACGCCUCGCCUGCCCAGCUGUCAGGGCUGUGCUGGGGGGACUUCGCCAGGCAGCCUCUCGAGGCUUCUGUGGACGUUCCCAGCGGCGGCUCCAGCUUUGAGCAUUCUGGACGCAUCUCGGCAGGGCCCACCUCCCUGAACUACUCCGUGAGCUGUUAUCGCCGUGCUGGGCACCUGCAGCUCGCUGCCUGGAGUGAGCACAACAGCGUGAGCCUGUUGCAGGCCGGGCUCCCGGGCAAGGCCCGCCUGAGCGCCAAGCUGCAGACACACGAGACCCAGACCCGAGCCAGCGUGGCCCUCCACGGAGGGGAUGGUGGCGUCAGCGUGGACGUGGCAGGCCUGGUGUCCUGGCCGACAAAUGGCUCCCUGGAGCUGGCGGUGAACGCCAGCCACACGGCCCCUGCUCUCCAGAGGCUGGGCCUGCCCUUGACCAGCCAGCUCGUGUUCCAGAAGCUGUGGGCAGAGGAACAGAUGUGCUCUUCCCUACAGCUCACCUGUGAUUCUCAAGCCAGCCUGGUCCUUGACAUGUGUGGCCAGAGCCAGGCGCUCCGCAAAGAGCUUCAGGUCUCCGGCCGGCACCGCCUCCCCAUCCUCCUGGGCCGCUGCCCCAGCAGAGCCUCAGCCUCAGCCAAGCUACAGUACUCGGAGCAUGAGGCCGAGAGCAUGAUUUUCUUGGCGGUGGAGGAGCAUCAUUUCCACGUGGGCACCAGCCUGGUGACUGCAAAGGCCAAGGUCACCAGCAUCAUCAGGCUGGAACAGACCUUCCCCCAGUUCAGCGUCCUUCCUAGGGAGCUGGUCCUGCAGACCUUGUACGAGAGAGCCCGUGGGACCCACACCCUGCACCAGACAGUUUUGUGGGAUGACCAGGAGGCAGUCCUUAACGGGAGCCUCUCCGGGCCCUUCCGCAGGCCCGCUGGGAACCUCAGCCUCCAGGCAGAGCUCAGCCACCCGCUGUCCCUGUCCCUGUCCCCACCGCCGCGCGGCAGCCUCCGCCUGUCCUGCGAGCACUCACCACGGGAACACCGGGACGACCUGGUCGUGGGCUGGGAUGGCAAGGACCAGGUGGUGGUCUCGUCCUCUCUGCAGCUGGGGAAGGGCAGGCUGGCCGCCCGCCUGGCCCUGGCUCACCCCUUCAACCUCUCCUGGUGGCACAUGGAGGCCAGCGGCCUGGCUGAGGGCAGAGGUGGCCAGCAGAGCGGGCAGGUCCAGUUGGCCUGGGACAGAGGGCAACCCGUGACCUUGCACCUCACCUGGACCAACAGGUCCUCGGAGUUCAAUACCAUCUGGGAUGGCUGCCUGGCUGCCUCCCCGGGGCAGCUCCAGGAAAAUUGGGGCCUGAGUGCCCUCCGGGCCUGUGGGGCCGUAACACAGACCCCGGCUGUGUUCAGCGAGCAGCUCGAUCUGUCCUGGGACCGGCGCCGGGUGCAGCAGAACCUGACAUAUGAGAGGCAUUGGCCAUCGCAGGCGGACAGGAUCCACGCCGAGGCCAUGCUGCAGCACAUCUUCACUGGCUCCUGCACCACGCAGAGCUUCCAGGGGGAAGUGGGGACCGACUAUACCCACCGGCUGCACCAUUCCCUGCACCUGGGGCUCUGUGACCUGCCCAGGGCUCUCUCAGUCUCUGGGGAGCACACCCUGGGCCACAAUGGGCUCCUGCUGGAUUCCCGCUGCCAGAUGGGCCUCGCCCCGGACCCAGACCAUGGCCUGCACCUCAGCCUGACCCUCCGCAACCACAGCAAGCCUCGGGCACCAGACUUCUCCGGGGAGCUGGAGAUCCUCAGCGCCAAGGCUCAGCAGCUCGGCCUGCAGGGCCGGGUCUCCACCUCGGCUUCUCGGGCCAGCAUCCAGCUAGAGGGAAUUGUGGACAAUGGGGACGAGAAAGUGAGGCUGUCGGUGUCCCGGGCCCCGAGCUGCCUCCAGGCCGCUGUGACCCAUGAGGAAGGGAGCCGAGAGGAGAGCGUGGUGCUGCGGGCAUGUGCCCACAGGCAAACGGCUGAGGUGGAGGCCCUGCUCCAGGACGGCGGGCAGCCCGUGCAGCCCCUGGGACGCCUGAGCCUGCAGGCUGCCAACCAGAGUCUUCGCCUGGAGGCACACGGCUGUCCGGGAACCCUGCUGGGCAGCGUGGAGUCCAGGAUGGCAGCCAUCGGGGCCCAGGUGGGAGCCCAGCUAGAGAAGAAGAUCCGAGGCUUGGAUGCCUACGUGGAAAGGUUCCGGCGCCUGGUGCGGCCGGCGGGCACCCUGGACAGCAUGGUGGGCCCCCUCCUGCAGUUGUCCCACGGGGGACUGGGAGCCGUGGUGGCGAGUGGCCGGGCGGUGGCUGCGCCAUGGGGCCAGGCCAGGCAGGCGCUGAUACACCACUUGCCCCCCUACCUGGAGAGACUACGGGUGGGGCUGGAGCAGCUGCGGAACGAGCUGGAACGGCCCCUGGCCACACUGAAGGAUGCCUACCUGGAGGUGACCCCACAGCCCCUGGACGAGGUGUGGCGGGAGCGGGCUGAGGAGGCCGUGCGGCUGUGGCGGGCCCUGGGGCCCAGGCCCAUCGGGGCAGCCAUGGAGCUGGCCGCCCGCCAGAUGCUGUCUUGGGCCGAAUCCACUUUGUCCCAGGCCCUGCGGAGGCUCUGCAAGCCCUUGCUGGCCCUGUACAGCUUCUCAGCCAGGAACUGUUCGGUGCGGGUGACUUUGCCCCUGCUGCCGGCGGGGAACGAGCCCCUGGCUGUGGCCCGGGUGACCGGCUACGUGGUGGAGAAGCUGCUGCAGCCGCUCGGCGAGCUGUCCAGGACCAAUGUGUGGGCCGAGUACUACCGGCUCCAGCGUCGCCUGCUGGAGAGCCCCCACGACUACCAUGCUGUGGUGGCCGGGGCCAGGUAUGUGGUGACCUUUGAUGGCCAGGUGUGGAGCCUGGGUGUCCACUGUGGCCGUCUGCUGCUGGCCAAGGACUUUGCCCACGACACGUUCUCACUGACACUGAACCGGGACCACUCGGGGCUCCCAUCCCUGUCCGUGGAGCUGAACCGUACCACCCUGGUGCUCUACCCGAGCCUGAAGACAUACAGGCUGUAUGAUUCCUCCUCGCCUAUGGAGAGCUGUCUGCACGUCGAUCUGCCUCCUGCCAAGAUGAGGAGGGAUGUCCCCAGGAUCAAGCUGACCAGUGAGGACGGCAUCUCCGUCACCUGUGAUGUCCGAGCCGGUCUCUGCAGCCUGACUCUGGGCCUCUGGCUCCAUGGGGUGUCUGCUGGCCUUCUGGGUACCAAUGACAAUGAGGCGGGCAAUGAGCUGAUGUUGCCGGAUGGCACAGCGGCCCAGAGCCUGGAGGAGCUCGCCCUCGCCUGGCAGGUGGGUGGCGACUGCAGGGCCAUGGAGAAAACUCAGGAGUGCCCAGGCUGGAGCCCCACCUGCUGGGCCUUCUUCCAGGACCCCCGUUCCUGCCUGGGGAACUGCUUCAGGGUGGUGGACCCCACGCCAUUCCUCAGCCUGUGCAUCCAGGACACCUGUGGCACCCAGGAGCUCCACCCUGCCUGUAACCUGGCGGCCGCCUACAUCCACUUGUGUGCCCGGGGCUUCGUGCCCCUGGACCCUCCUCCGCAGUGCGAGACACAGCGAGAGAGGGAACACAAGCAGGGGAAGUGGGAGAAGGAGAAGCAGGCUUCCCGCCGAGCAGGGAGCCCGAUGCGGGGCUCAAUCCCAGGACCCUGGGACCAUGACCUGAGCCGAAGGCAGAUGCUUAACGACUGAGCCACCCAGGUGCCCCUCUACCUUUUUCUUUCAUCCAAAUGAAUUACGGAUGAGUCAGAGAUUUAAACAUAAAAAAAAAAAAAAUCAAACUGUUAAAGUACUAGAAGAAAACCCAAAGAAACUUUUAACCAUCUCUUGGUAGGAAAGUCCUUUCUAAGCAGGACUCAAACCCCAGAAAUCCAGAAUAUAUAUGUUUUAUGAUCUAAUAAAAAGUUUUAAAAGUCUGCAAGCCAGCCUCAGUGGAUUAUUACCACUCCCAUCUUAAACAACUCUGAAACUAAGCAGAAUACACAAAAUAAUCAUCUGUAGGAAUUGGAGAGUGCAGCACAGAGCUGCAGAUCUUGAGAAGAAAAGUACUUGAGAUGAAGUCCAUGUUCACCAUGGCUUUCUUUAGAAAGGAGAAAAAGAAUUGACACUAAGCAGGGAUGUAGAGCCCAAACAGAGAUCAGUGGUCUUGUUAACUGGAAGUAAGAGAGAUCAGAGUUCAAAGAUGCUAGAGCACCUAAGACUUGCAGGGCAAGCACAGGAGAGGAAGGAGCCACACAGAGGGAGCCCCAGAAAUCUGCAUAGAGGCUCACCUCAGAUCCUUGGCCAGAUCCUAAGCUGUGUAUGUGCAGAACGAGACUCUGAGGUCUAGUGGAAAACAGCUUGGAUGUGUGUGUUGGGGGGACGGUAAGUAAACUGAACAGAAAUAUUAGAGGUCAUACAAUUCCAACCCUAGGGGGAAAGAUUCUGAUUAAUCAUCCGAGGCUUUCAGUUGACACCCCCAAAAAAGCCAGGCCUUAAGAGUUUAGAGCAUACCCUAGGAGUAGGGGUCAUAUGCUAGAACUUGGGAGAGGAGGAGGUGGGAUUUCAAAUAGACCCAUUCUAACAAAGCUGAAACCAAGCCUUGAUACGUUCAAGGUGAUUAGUCAGUCAAUUUAACUGUCUGCAAGAACAAGACUCAACAUUCUUGGGGUGCCUGGGUGGCUCAGUUGCUUAAGCGUCUGCC